AUGGCAACUUUAUAUAAUGAUUAUGAUACAGAUUUGGAUUCGUAUUCAAGUGUUAGUGGAAAAUGUUCGACAAGUGCAAGCUCUGCUACUACCGCAACCCAGAGUGAAGACGAGAACGCCUCUGUUUCAAAACCUCUUGUUCGGAUGUCAGACGAACUGAAAAAAUUCCGAAGGCUGUGGUGGGAUCAAGGAAACCUACAUCCUAAGGCAGACUGGGAUAAUGUGAAGCUUCCGUACUUGCUUGCCGAGAGCAUAACUUUUGAAGAAUAUGAACGUCGUGGAGAUAUGUUUAAUGUUCAUGGCUGUUGGGAAUGGCGUAAUGGUAAGGUUAUAAUCAUUGAACUUCCAUCCGAUCCGCACGAAAUAUGUAUUAGCUCAAUCUCUAGGGAGCUAAUGCACCGUUGCGGUUCUGUUAUUCAAACUGAUGCUGAGAUCUACGGUCUUGGAUCUAUUCGAACUCGUGUCGGGGGUUCUGGGAAAGAAGCUGAUGCAUCUUUUAGCCCAGAAAAACCCGAUGUAACUUCACCAAAUGGAAGAGAUGGAAAUAACAAACCUUGGCCAAAUAUUGUUAUUGAGGUCGCAUAUUCCGAAACAGUACAACAUGUCAUGGAUAAAGUGCAAAAUUAUUGGUUACAUCCUAAUCGUGCUCACGAUGUAAUUGUUGUUAAAAUUAAUCCUGUUCCUCGGGGUCAAGUUCCUAUGCGUAUGAGAGCUUGGCAUUUUUGUGUUUCAGAUGGCAGGUUACCAAAUGGAACUGUUCCAGCUAGAAAUAUGUUCGAGUUCGGCACACAAGAUGAGUUUGGGAAUGCAUUGAAUAUUCAACAAGGUGCACGUAUUAUCAGCAUUCAGUUAGACUGCCUGUAUCAUGAUUUACUCCCUAAUAUCCAAAUUCCUAGAAAGACCCUUCCUGAUCCUAUCGAAUUGGACUUCUUCUUUGUUCAACGUGCGAUUUUCAGAAUGACAAAGUUUUAUUCUUCGUUAUGCAUAUUACCUACUGAUGGAACACAUUUGGCAAAUGAACCU